CCCCAGUUCCCAGCACUCGAAGUCCUUGUCGCCAGCGCUGCGCCGGGCGUACUCCAGCAAGAAGCGCUUCCCGGUUCUGGGGGGCAGCGACUCCUUCGGGGCGCAGGCCAUCUUGACUCCUCUGGUGAAGUCCAUGGGCCGGCGCUGCAAGGCCCUCCAGCGCGUAAAGGGGAAGGACUUCGAGGCCGGCGCCAGGGCCGCGCUCGGGCUGCGCCUGGAGCGCGAGCGGCCGCCCCUGGGCCGCGCGGCGGACUUGCGCGGGCUCGGCGCGGCAGGCUCUGCCUGGGCGAUGCUGGCGCGUGGCCUGCUCAGAGCAGCGGGCGGCGACAGGCACCGGGCGACGUUCGGCACAGAGCUUGGGCAGUGCCCAGCGCAGCCAAGGGUGCGCCUGGCGAUGCGAUCACAGCGAGGGCCGCGCAUGUCCUCGUCGCGGCCCACGAUCGGCCUGGCGCGGGCCAGGCGCGACGCGGGCUCGGCGCUGCUCGCCGGGCGAAGGAGCGCAGCGCAGACCAAGUUCGACAAUUCCAUCGAGGCGCUGCCUUUUUCCGAGGCCAUCUUGACUCCUCUGGUGAAGUCCAUGGGCCGGCGCUGCAAGGACACGGGGAACAUGCGAAGUUCAUGCCCAGUCGCCGCGGUGGGGCGCCGGGACUUCGGGCCA